AUGGUUUCUUCAGUUCUUGCCAGUCGUGCAAUCCCAAUGGCAGCCCGCUCAAUGCGUGGUGUUCGUUAUGCUCACGUCGAAAACACAUUCGAGACAGCUGUUCCUUUCAAAACCGGCACAAAACACAAGACACGUCUCAUGGUCGGUGUCUUCUCAUUCUGCGCUUUGGGUUACAGUUUGCCAUUCAUCGCUACCCGCUUCCAAAUUAAGAAGUCAGGAUAA